UUGGAUACAAAUAAAUAAAUAAAAAAUAAAGGUCCAUCAACAACUAAAAAAAAAUUAAAAGAGAAAUAUCACCAUGUCCAUGUAUAGCAGAUACUAUUAUAUUAUAGCAUGUGUAUGGCACCUGAAGCUAAUGGCACAUAGCGUUGCUCACCAAAAGCUAUUAUUAGUGAACCCUCUUUUGUCAUAUAAAAGAAGAGGUUGGAAGAGGCGCUUUGCAAGAUGUAAGGUUCCGCACAAGUUUUUGUUAUAGUUGUUACGUUACCUUUUGUGGUCAUAAUCCUUUAUUUAUCCCUUUCUGAGCUUCCGUGAUGGUCCCCUAGUUACCGUGGCCAUGGAAACGCGGCCCGCUGACCCGGACUGGACGGUUCGCGGGCUCCCCCUGGAGGCACCCUGGAGUCCUGCUGCGCGACGACGGGGCGGGCCUUUGAGACGCGCGGGAGGGGAGCUGGGAGUUGUAGGCCAUGGGCGUGGCUGCGGCGGAGCAGUGCACGCCGGGAGCUGUAGUUCGUACGUCGAGUGGUUGGCUGCCCCUGACUGAGCUUGGGCCGCUCCCGGAUGGCUGCCGCCACGCGCGGCUGCCCGCCCUUGGGCUCGCUCCUCCGGCUGCUAGGGCUGCUUUCAGCCGCGACUGCCUCCUGGGACCUAGCUUCGCUGCGCUGCAACCUAGGCUCCUUCUGCGAAUGCGACUUCCGGCCCGAUUUGCCCGGUCUGGAGUGUGACCUGGCCCAGCACUUGGCCGGGCAGCAUCUGGCCAAGGCAUUGGUGGUGAAGUCCCUGAAGGCCUUUGUGCACGAUCCCAGCCCCACCAAACCGCUGGUUCUCUCCCUGCACGGCUGGACAGGCACUGGCAAAUCCUAUGUCAGCUCCCUCUUGGCUCAGUACCUCUUCCAGGGUGGCCUUCGCAGCCCGCACGUGCACCACUUUUCCCCCAUCAUCCACUUCCCGCACCCCAGCAACAUCGAUCGCUACAAGAAGGAUCUUAAGAACUGGGUCCAGGGGAACUUGACUGCCUGCGGCCGCUCCCUCUUCCUCUUUGAUGAGAUGGACAAGCUGCCCCCAGGCCUGAUGGAGGUCCUGCGGCCUUUCCUGGGCCCCUCCUGGGUUGUAUAUGGAACCAACUAUCGAAAAGCUAUCUUCAUCUUCAUCAGCAACACUGGUGGUGAACAGAUCAACCAGGUGGCCUUGGAGGCAUGGCGCAGCCGCAGGGACCGAGAGGAGAUCAGCCUGCAGGAGCUGGAGCCAGCCGUCUCCCGAGCUGUGCUGGACAACCCACACCAUGGUUUCUGGCACUCGGGCAUCGUGGAGGAGCGCCUGCUGGACGCCGUGGUGCCCUUCCUCCCGCUUCAGCGGCACCACGUGCGGCACUGUGUUCUCAAUGAGCUGGCCCAGCUGGGCCUGGAGCCCCGGGACGAGGUGGUGCAGGCCGUGUUGGACAGCACGACCUACUUCCCCGAGGAUGAGCAGCUCUUCUCGUCCAAUGGCUGCAAAACAGUGGCCUCUCGAAUCGCCUUCUUCCUCUGACCCCAGAAUGGCAUCCUUCCUUGCCUGGCCAGCCUGCAGGAAAGGCCGGAGGGACCCUUGUCCAGAGACUCUGGAGAGUGGGCCCCAGAGUCACGCAGUCAAGAUGAAGAGGGGUAUUGGCCAGGCCAAGGAUAGACGCCGGGAAAGGCCUGGCUUCAGAACUGGUUAGAGGCGUCCUGGCCUCUGCUCCCGGUCACCCUGGAACCUCACUGAGCCCUGACUUUCUCCUGCAGCCUGAGCCUUCUUAAUGUGAAUGUAACUCAGGGAUCAAGGUUCAUGGCUGUCGUCCUUUCUGGGUCUGUUACCCACACCCCUGGCCCUGGCACUGUACCCCACCUCACUCUACAGUCUGUGACCCCAGUAUCACAGCUCAGGCUGGGACUUAACAGUUUUCAUGAGUUGAGGGACUCAAGAUGCCACCUCGGCCUGGAUUUACAAGUUUUUAAUUUUUUAAAAGAAGAGAACAAGUAUAAUAAACGUAGCCAUGGACUAGA